AGAAAUGGUGGAAUCUCCUUUAAUUUUUCAUUUUUAAGAUUUCAGAUAAACUCAAUAUUGUUUACUGCACUCGCAUUCAUUUUUAAUUACAAAUAUGCAUUAUAAAUCAUGAAAUAUUUUCAUUUCAUCUAAUUAUAUCAUUAAAAUCUUAACAUUCAUUAUACUUAAAUGUAUCAUAUCAAAUAUAUAUUUCUAUUGCAUGAAUAAUUAAACACUUGUAAAGGCAAAGUACUAAACGAAUUAUUUUAUGCGCAAUGCCAUCAAACUUUAAACAUUCACAUGUUAAUUCUUAAUUACAGUGGUUUUCAUGUAACCCUGGAAUUUUCAUCACAUAUUUACAGCAAUCACUUAGAUUUGAUAUUUUAAUUGCACUUUUUUGAUUAUAUCCUUUCGAAAUAAGAAAUUGAUUGCUUCGAUCCUCUUUGAUCCGCAUAUCAUUGCAACCAGGGACCAAAUUUAAUACAUUGCUGGGGAGUUCGCUGAGCUACCUAGAACUGGCACCAUCGGUUGAAAUCUUGAAUCACCGAUUCAAAUCCUUUUGAACCUUAAACUUUGUAUAAAUGAUUUAAAUUUUAACCGAUAUUAGGUAGUUCACCAACCUAGCUCAAAUUCGUUACGAUAUUGUCCCUGAUAGUGUAAAGCUAUGAAAAAAAAUAAGAAUUGGAGUUUGAGGCAAGAAAUCAGUUCCGUAAUAAUGUUUACAGGUUAAAUUUUACCUUUAAAAAUAUGUAUUUUUUGCUUAGUCUCAGGAUUUAGUUGCCCAGCAGGUGUUGCUGGAAACUUUGCUGAUCCUUCUAACUGUCAGAAGUUCUAUAAAUGCUUCUACGGAACAGCUUUUCAGGAAUAGAGACAGGUGAAAAGCAAAAUAUGAAACAUCAAUGUCCAUCUCUACCCAGGAAUCAUGUCCAGCUGGAACCCUUUGGGAUGAUUCCCUCAAGCUCUGCAACUGGGCGGCUCUUGUCUCUUGUAAUUCAGGACCUACAUCACCUUCACCAACUACUACAUCCACAUCCAAGCCUUCUACAACAAAGGCUCCAGCUGGUGUGUUUGUUUGCCCCCCAGGUGUUGCGGGUAACUUUGCUGACCCAUCCGAUUGCCAGAAGUUCUAUAAAUGCUUCUAUGGCGUAGCUACUAGUGAAUCAUGUGCAGCUGGACUCCUGUGGGAUGACUCUAUCAAGAAUUGUAAUUGGGCAGUAAAUGUUGUUUGCAAUUCAGCAGCUACUGCAGCCCCCUCUACAAAUCCUUCCACUACAACUGCAACACAAACUACAGCAAAACCUGCAACAACAACAACAACAACGACAGCCGCAUCAACAGCUGGAGGAGCUGGAAGUUGUAACAGUAUGUUAGCUGUAUCUAGCAGUUGGACAGGGAACCUAGGAGCAACUCUUAAUCUUCCAGUCACAACUUCAAUAUCUUCAUUUUCUAUACUGAUUACAUCUGAUGUUCCAAUCUCCAAUAUACAGUUUUGGGAUGCAGAUGUGACCCCAUCUUCUGGAACCAGCUUCACGGUUACAUCUAAAUCCUGGUUUUCAGGAUCCAAAGCUGGAUCAGUUCUAUCUCUUGGUCUGCAGAUCAGUUUCUCAGGGUCCAAGAAUCCUUCAUUUACUUCGAUCAAGCUUAAUAAUAAUGAGCUUUGCCAGGGAACUGGAGGAUCUCAACCAUCUACAACACAAUCACCGGUCACAUCUUCAAUCACUUCAGUAAUAACUCCAGCUACAACUUCCCCAGGGGUAUCAUCAACUACGUCUACUGGAAGCGGAAACUGCUCGCCAAAGAAAGUGGUUUGCUACUAUCCCAACUGGGCACAUUACAGACCAGGUCUUGGCAGCUACAAAGUUGAAGAUAUUGAUGUAAGCCUAUGCACACAUAUUGUUUAUGCAUUUGCAACCCUGGAUGGAAGUACUUAUACCAUGAAUGUUUUUGACUCAUGGCUAGACAUUGAUCUUAAAAAUUACGAAAAGUUUGUCGGACUCCGUGCUCAGUAUCCAAAUAAGAAGUUUUUGAUUGCCCUUGGAGGAUGGAAUGACUCAAGGACUAACAAAUAUGCCACUCUUCUUGCCUCUGCUGCUUUAAGAGCAAACUUUGUGACUAAAGCGGUGGAAUUUAUUGCCAAGUAUAAAUUUGAUGGUCUUGAUUUGGAUUAUGAAUACCCUGCAUUUGAGCAGUCUGCAUCUGAAAAAUCUACUUUUGCUGCAUGGGUAAAAGAGCUAAAAACUGCUUUUAAACCUUAUGGAUGGGAAUUGACAGCAGCAGUGGCUGCUGGAAAGAGCAAGAUAGAUGCUGGUUAUGAUGUUCCUGAAUUAUCAAAGUAUCUUGAUGCAAUCCAUUUGAUGACCUAUGACAUGCAUGGAUCCUGGGAGAGUACUGUUAAUCAUCAUGCUCCACUUUACUCUACCUCUUCAUCUGAUGAGCUAUCAGUGGACUUUGCUGUUAACUACUGGUUGAGUAAAGGAGCUCCAAAAAGCAAAUUGGUUGUUGGAAUCCCAACUUAUGGUCAAUCAUGGACCUUGAGUGGUUCAUCUACCAGUAUUGGAUCAAGUGGAUCCGGAGCAGGUUCUCAGGGUAGUAUCACUCAGCAGGCAGGAUUCCUUAGCUACCAGGAGAUAUGUCUAAACCUGAAGAAUGGUUGGACAGUUGUCAAUGAUCUAACUGGGUCACGUGGACCAUAUGCAUACAAUGGAAACCAAUGGGUUGGAUAUGAUGAUCCAGCAAUAGCAGGACUCAAGGCUCAGUAUAUCCUGGAUAAUGAUUUAGGUGGAGCAAUGUUCUGGGACUUACCUUCAGAUGAUUUCAAUAACAGAUGUGGAGGUGGUAGAUAUCCCAUAAUUUCAGCUGUUGAUAAAGUUUUAACACCCUGUUAAUGCUAAGACGUUAUGUCGACUUUUAUUCGAAAUUAAAGUUUUUUAAAGUCUGUGAUUUCAAAAUAAAUGAAUUAAUUUGGAAAGAAAA